GCUGGUUGGGAAAUGGGCGAUAAGAUACACAGUGUGUCUCGUGUGUGUGUACCCUGCAGUCAGCUGAGAACCGUCAGAGGAGCUAGUCGCUCUCCUUCGCUGCUCCGCACACACGACACGACCGCACCACCACUGCUGCAACAACAACACGCUGCUCCAUCAUUCCCGCAAUAAAUAAGAAGGCGCCUGAUUUUUAUCAUCGUGUGUUUCCUUUCGUCCUCGUUUUAUUUGUAAGAGAAAAAGAAUUAUUCGUCCAAUUCCUGUUGGGGUUGGUUGUUUUUAAUUUUUCGUGGGCAACUUACAUCUCAGUCGCCGCCAUCUGCGUUCAAUCCCGUUUGGUAAAUCCCCGUCACUCGGCAAGUGGGCCGUUGUGUUUUGUGUGUUUCGGUGUUGUUCAACGUUCACCCACCACCGUUACAUAACCGACUCUUCUUCUCUCUCCUGUUGCUCGGAGAAGAAAAAGUUUCUCGUGAACUAGAACUUCUGACAUUCACCAGCAGACAAAUCUCUUCCCGAAAAAUAAAAUGGCGACGUCUGACCAGAUUCAAGGAGAGAUGGAACUCGGCUAUCAACACACGCUGAUGUACGGCCGAUACUCGCGGAGUCUUGGCGAAUACGCCAGACAACAGGCGGCCGAGCUCCGUGAAGCGGAGAAGAACCGGAAGAAAGAAGAGAAGCAGCGGAGCAAAGAGCUGCGCACGUAUCGAGGCAAAUGGACUUCGCGUUUCCUUCGAGUCAUUUCCUUCAUCUGGCGCCAUACUUUCGCCAAAAUCGGCGAGGAUUGGGUUUUUCUGGCCCUUCUCGGCAUCAUCGUGGCCAUGUUUAGCUACAUCAUGGACUACGGUAUCGUCAUGUGCAAUAACGCUCGAGUGUGGAUGUACCGUGAUUUGACGACAAAUCCUUUCCUGCAGUACCUGGCCUGGAUCUGCUUGCCCGUCUUCCUCGUCCUGUUUUCCGCCGGUUUCGUUCACAUCCUGGCACCCCAAGCUAUCGGCUCGGGAAUUCCAGAGAUGAAGACGAUUUUGCGAGGUGUUGUUUUGAAAGAGUAUCUGACGUUCCGCACGGGAGUCGCCAAAGUUGUGGCCCUCACGGCCGCCCUGGGCUCUGGAAUGCCACUGGGCAAGGAGGGUCCCCUGGUGCAUAUUGCCAGUAUCGUCGCCACUCUCAUGUCCAAAAUGGUGACAUCCUUCAAAGGAAUCUACGAAAAUGAAUCGAGAAACAGCGAAAUGUUGGCCGCUGCUUGCGCUGUGGGUGUCUCGUGCAAUUUCGGUGCUCCCAUCGGAGGCGUGCUGUUCAGUAUUGAAGUAACAUCCGUUUACUUCGCCAUUCGUAAUUACUGGCGUGGGUUCUUCUCUGCCGUUUUCGGGGCUCUCAUGUUCAGGCUCAUGGCUUAUUGGUUCUCCAAUGAAGAUACCUUGACGGCCAUUUUUGGAACGGAUUAUCACGUUGACUUUCCUUACGAUCCCCAGGAGCUUUUCAUCUACGCUCUCGUUGGUGCUUUUGGUGGACUAUGUGGAGCGGCUUUCAUCUUGUUCCAUCGCCGAUACGUUCUGUUUAUGCGAAAGAACAAAAGGAUCAGUUCCUUCUUGCAGAAAAAUCGUUUCAUCUAUCCUGGUCUGAUGUCACUCUUGAUCACCACCUUGCACUUCCCACUGGGAUUGGGUCAGUUUCUCGCCUCGACAUUGUCGACUCGCACGCAGAUUUUGCACCUCUUCUCCAAUUUCACUUGGGUCAGCGAUGACUUGACGGUUGAACAAGCGGAAAUUGUCUCCCAUUGGGUCACGGAUAGCUGCAGUAUCUUUGUCAACUUGAGCCUUUACAUGUUGGUCACUUUUUUCACCACCAUUUGGGCUUCCACGUUGCCUGUUCCGUCUGGUACUGUCAUUCCCAUUUUCAAAAUGGGGGCCGCUUUCGGUCGCAUGAUCGGCGAGGCCAUGCACCUCUGGUUCCCGGAAGGUGUUCGCAUUGGCGGCGCCUUGUCGCCCAUUUUACCGGGAGGUUACGCCAUUGUGGGAGCCGCAGCUUUCUCUGCCGGUUUGACCCAUUCGAUUUCCAUUUGCGUCGUCAUUUCGGAAAUGACGGGCCAAAUUCGCCACAUCAUCCCCGUUAUGAUUGCCGUUUUGGUAGCCAACGCCAUUUCGACUCUCCUCCAACCGUCUCUCUACGAUUCAAUCAUCAUGAUCAAGAAACUGCCUUACUUGCCCGACAUUAUCUCGUCCAGCAGUGCUGCCUACAGUAUUUUCGUCGAGGAUUUCAUGGUCCGAAAUAUCAAAUACAUCUACAACGGCAUGUCCUAUAAAGAAUUGAAGAAUCACAUUCGCGAAAGCCGACGUGUCCGUGCCUUCCCGCUAGUCGAUAAUCCAGAUAGCAUGAUUUUGCUGGGUUCCAUUCAGCGAACGGAACUGAUUGGUCUUAUCGAGAGACAAAUCGGCCGCGACCGUCGCUUGCAAAUAGCCGCCAAGAGGCAAAAGGAAGCGCGAGUCAGAAUGUACGAGGACGCCAUGACGACAUUGCAGCUGGAUCCCCCGCCCUUCAGCAGAGUCAGUCUGGCACUUCCGGCACCGCCUGCAGGACCUUCCACCGAAGACGCCAGCAAGAAACCUGUUGCAAGGCGGCCAUCUCGAUUUGAGGUAGUCAAGACGCCGGAAAUGUUGGCCAGCGUCGAUGACCAGCCACAAGAGCAAUCACCUGGAUCCGAUCCAAUGACUCCCAGCUCCGUUCAAUCUGGCGAUAUUGAAGACAGAGCCUACUUGGGCAGUCGACCUCAAAAGUCCAUUCUCAAGCGAACAAAUUCACAAACGUUGAAAUUUGCUGGCCCGAUGGCCACUCCUUCCUUGACGCCAUAUUCUACCGUCACUGGAGCUGAAGGAAGUAAAUUCCGGGCGGCUAUUGGCGCUUUCAUCCGUAAAUCGUCUACCAUGUUGGAUUCGUCCAAAUUCGAUUUCACUGGCAUGGGUGGUAGUGGAUCGUCAUUGCCGACCAGUCCUACAUCCUUCAAGAAAGUCACACUGCCGAGGGAGAGAGUGAUCGACAUGACUCCGGAAGAACAAAAGCAAUGGGAAGACAGCGAGAUGAUGCAACCGGUAGAUUUCCAUAAAUCGCACGUCGAUCCCGCUCCUUUUCAACUUGUUGAACGCACCUCACUGCUCAAAGUUCACUCCAUGUUCUCGCUGUUGGGUGUCAACCACGCUUACGUCACAACUACUGGCAGACUCAUGGGAAUCGUGUCACUUAAAGAAUUGCGCAAAGCCAUUGAAGAUGUCAAUUCAGGUAUCGUCCCAACCAGCCAUAACUUGCCAGCCCAUCCGAUCCAUCACGGAAGAGAUGUUUCACCAGGAGCCCCCAUCGAUGUGGAACACGGUCCUGAGCCUCCAGGUUUUGAUGAUUCCGACUCGGAUUCUGACGAUACCGACUACGUUGUCGGUCCCGGCAAUUCGAUUGCGGUUCAGCCAUCAUCGGCUACUCUUUCUUCCAUUGUUCCAGAUGAUUCAGCCUCCGAAAACGGAUCAACUGGCAUAUACAUAACAAGCCAUUCUCGUGAAGACGAGAACAGCAUCAAACUACGAGUGACUGGUGCUGGAUCUUGUUCCGACGAAUCCGACGACGGUGCUGCCAAGGGAACGGAUGAAACUGAAAGAAAGUCUUAAAACUUUGAGGAGAAAGAAACAAAAGAAGGAGGGGUGGGGAAAAAAUUUGUUUUUUUGUUUUUAUCGUCAAGCACCUUUUUGUAAAAGGAACUUUUGUUAUCAACUGAUUUUAGCUAGAUAAGCAAGCAGUAUGUAAUAAUGAGCGGUGUAUUCGGUAUUAUUCCUAGCGGAUAGCACAGGUUUUACUAUAUAGACGAGCGAAUGCAGUUGUAAGGUCGACUGGAACAGUGCCUUUUUUAAAAUGUGUCAUUAGAAAAAAUCAGAAAAC